CUUACUAAACGUUUGGUUUGAUUUUAAACUGAGAAGCAGUUUGAUUUGUGUUUUUCGUGUGACUGAAACAACUCACUCUCAAGUUGUUUGCGUGUUUUAAACUGAUACCACUUGUUUUUCUAUUAAUUAAAUUGCUGGGCGCGCUUCCGAUAAAAACGAGAAAACUAGAUAUAGUGUAUUAUCCGAUUAAAAUUAGAUAAUCACCGAUCAUCAUGAACGAUCAACAGAAAACAGAACAAGUUGGACCGAUUACCGAAAAACCAGAUGAAGAUUCGAUUCAAAACCCCGAUGACGAGCAGGGCGGCAGCAAAGCAACUUCGGCUUCUAUAUCGGUUCCCCAGUCGAGCAGUUCGGACGGAGUGAUGGAAAAGAUAAAUCAAAUGAAAAUAAAAUUUACAGCGAAAAGUAAGGGUGAACAACUAGUAUUGCCGGAAAAAAAUGAAGAAUCUGUAGCUACUCCAUCUAAUUGUCCGAAUGAAGGGGAUACUCUAAUCCCUACUGAAGCGGUUCAAGAAACCAAUGAAAACAGUGGCGAAGUUUAUCGUACAGAUUAUCGUCGUCUUUUGAAAACAGUUAAGCAAAGUAGAGCUGCUGACGAAUCUGCCGAGCCAUGCAAGAUAGCUGAAAGCGGGAAAAGUGUUGGUGUCAAAAGAGAGGAAAGUGUUGGUGUCAAAAAUGAGCUGACUGCGUUCUUCAAACAAGAUAUGAUCUAUCCUAUCAACGCAGAAUGUUCCGGUUUGUUUGUGAUGAUAAACAAUAUUGAGUUUAAACAAUUGCCCUAUAGAUACGGCGCAGAAAACGACCAAAUUGUUUUGAAAAGCCUAUUUGAAAGUAUGAAUUAUGCUAUUAAAAUAGUUGAAAACUUGACUGACAAAAACAUGGACGAUGAGUUGGACGAUGUAGGUGAAAACACUGGAGAAUACGAGAGUCUAGUAUUGAUUAUAUCAUCUCACGGAGCGGACGGAGUUGUUUGUGGCACUGAUCACACCAAAAACUCUGCGUUGGAACUAAAAAUCAACAAGAUUGUCAAGAAGUUUCAGAACAAAAACUGGGCGGGAAAACCAAAAGUUAUCAUUUUCCAAGCAUGUCAAGGCGAUGUCGUUGACGUGGGAUUUGACUUAGAGUUAGAAGAAAAAAAGAAUCAAGGUUGUGAACAAAACGAUUGUUCUCCAGGGAAAAUAACAGUUCCCCAACAAUCAGACCUGCUCGUUGUGUUUUCGUCCGACUCGCCGUACCUUAGUUGGCGAGAUGAAAACGGAUCAUAUGUACUGCAAGAAUUCGCCAAGGCCAUCAGAAAUUAUGGCCACAACAUUGAUCUCCUGCACAUAUUAUCAUUUGUGAUUUAUGAGGUUGCUAAGAGAACAAUAAUCGACGAGGAAAAAAAUUACAACAAGCAAAACCCGUGCUUCAAAAGUUUUAUGGGAAAACUGUUCUUCUUUCCGCCGCAAAACAAAACAGCGGUAACAACAGCCAUUUUUUCUUAGAAUUUUUAAGAGAGGUUAUAUUUAUAGAAAAAUCAAAAAUACAACUGAAUCCAUCGAAAAAACUGUGAACGUGAAGUAAUUAACAAUGUAACUCCUUUUGGAUUCCCCUCUGUUAAAUAACCCAUAACCUUUUACCAUUCAAUGCUCAGAAAACGCAGGUAACCAAAUUGUACAAAAUAGCUAUCAUUUAAUCGUUUUUACUUGUAAUGUCACCAAAAUUCUUAAAAGCAUCUAUGACCUGCGAUCAUUUUUUGUGAAGUAAUUGGGGCUUGACUGGUCGUUAUUGGUUGAUUGAUUGAUGGUUGAUACUAUAUUACCAAUGAGUAUUAUGCAGCUGUUUCGGAGUUCCGUUUUGUAUUAUCGUU